AUGGCAGGCAGGAGCCAGGACCGGAGCCUGCGGGAGGAGCUGACGUGUGCUAUCUGCUGCGAGCUCUUCAGCGAGCCCGUCAUGCUGGACUGCAUGCACCACUUCUGCAAGGCCUGCAUCCAGGGCUACUGGGAGAGCUGCACCCGCAUCCCCUCCUGUCCCCAGUGCCGCCGUGAGUUCCCCAGCCGGGCUUUCCGCACCCACUACCUGCUGUCGGGGCUGGUGGAGAAGGUACGACGCUGUGGUUCCACGGAGCACCGGCACAGGAUGCAGAAGCGCCUGGAAGAUGCUUUGCAAGCUCGUCAGAAGGAGAUGGAGAACUUCUUGCGGAGGAAGCAUGCGACGCAGGAAGAUAUCUGUGGCCUGACGAAGGUGUCUGGGGAGCUGACCUUCAAGAUCCGUGCAGAGUUUGCCCGCCUUCAUCAGAUUCUGGAGGAAGAGGAGAGAGCUGUGCUGGCAGAGCUGGGCGAAAAGGAAGAGCAGUUGCUGGCACGGCUGCACAGGGACGUCCACCGGCUGGAGGAGGGGAUGUCAGUGCUGCAGCGGGACAUAGAGCGCAUAGAGCAGACCCUGAGCAAGAUGGAAGAGGUGUCGUUGCUGGAGGUGGAGAGCCUGGAUAUCAGGCCCUCGGUGCGUGUUGAGAUCCAGCCUGCCUUCGACCUGGAGCGCUACAGGGACAGCCGCAGCGGCCCUUUGCAGUACAUCUUCUGGAGACAGAUGCUGCAGUCCAUCUGCCCCACUCCUGCCCCGCUCACCUUCGACCCUGAGUCAGCCCACCCCAACCUGGUCUUCUCCAGAGACCUGACAGCAGUGACAGAGAGGGAUCGAGCCCAGCCCGUCCCCAUCAGCCCCCGGCGCUUCCGUCAGUGCGUCAACGUCCUGGGCUCACGGACCUUCGACAGUGGCCAGCACUACUGGGAGGUCUGGGUGGGCAGCAAAACCAAGUGGGACCUGGGGGUGGCCGCCGAGGCUGUGGAUCGGGCGGCGAAGGUCAAGCUGUGCCCGGAGAACGGCUACUGGACGCUUCGCCUGCGGAACAAGACAGAGUACUGGGCCACCACCACUCCCUGGGUGCGCCUGACUCCCCGCCGGCCACCCCGGAAAGUGGGGGUCUUCCUGGACUGCCAGGAGGGCACCGUUGCCUUCUUCGAUGCUGGGGACAUGUCCCACCUCUUCACCUUCCACCAUCUCUCUGCAGAGAGAUACUGCCCCUUCUUCAGCACCUGUUUCAGUGAUGGGAGGGACAACAUGGAGCCCAUGCGCCUCUGCCACCUCGCUCUGUGA